GCGACGCUGGCGCGAGAGGGCCAUCUCUAUGGCAACGGGACAGCAACACUUGCAAGCAACUGCUGAGAGGCGAACAUGGCGGAGAAUCUCAAACAGCCGCCUAAAAGAGUUUUUAUCAACAACAUAGACUCAUAUGCUUCUAAAUGUAUCGCCAAGUUUUUGUCUGAAUUUGUGGUCAGGACACCUGUUGAUUCUGAAGGAGAAGAGGAGGAGAAGGUGAUUUCAAACCCCAGCGGAGCAGGAGCUUUUCACGUUGUUGGAACUGUCUCCGACAAAUUGGACGAGGACAGACCAUAUGUGCUGGAGGAGUAUCUACACCUGAACAGGGAUGAGCUACUGUCAAAACUGAAGGAGUGUGAUGUUAUUAUCUACAACAUUACCCAACAUGCUGAUCAGGUGGAAGAAGCCCUCUGGGCUGUUUCAGCUCUCCACAAUGAAAUGAGUCAUUUUUCUGGACCAAAGAUGUUCAUCCUCAUCUCCACUGUGAUGACCUGGGCGUGCAGCAAGCCAGUUAAGCAUGAUGGUCUGGAGCUUCCUUUCACUGACGAGAUUUUCAGGAAAAGAAGAGCGCAUCCCAACUUCAAACAACACCUUGACCUGGAGAAGAGGGUGGUCAAAAUGGGUGAAACUAAAAGGAAAUUGUUCUCAACCUACGUGGUGGCAUCAGGACUUCAGUACGGGAUGGGAGAGCAUGUCUUCCACUUCUUUUUCAAGACAUCAUGGCUGGGACAAGAACGUGAAAUACCAGUCUUUGGAGACGGCAAGAACAAGGUUCCCACAAUUCACGUCAAUGAUCUGGCAAGUGUGAUUCAGAAUGUGAUUGAACAUCAGCCCAAGCCCUAUUACCUACUAGCUGUGGACAAUUCCACCAAUACCAUGGAGGACAUUGUGAAGACAAUUGCCUCUGUACUUGGACCAGGGAAGAUCCGGAAAAGGCCAUUUGAGGAAGCCUUCUUUUCACAGGACUUGAGUGUAAUGGAAAUUGAUUCCAUACUGGUCAACCUUCACAUGGAGGGUAUCCGUGUCAUGGAACUGUUCUCUUUCAACUGGUUGUGUGAGUUUGGUCUGGUGGAGAACAUAGAGCUGGUGGUAGAGGAAUACAGGCAGACCAGGGGACUGCUGCCCAUCCGUCUGUGUGUACUGGGUCCUCCUGCGGUGGGGAAGAGCACAGUGUCCAAACAGAUCUGUGAACACUAUAAACUCCAUCACAUCACGCUGAAGGAGACCAUCUCUGAAACCGUCUCACAGCUGAAAGAUGCUGUGAAGAAUGCUGAUCCAGAUGCAGAGAAGGAGGACUCUGCAGCAGAGGCCCAGGAGCUGCUGAAGACCCUGAAGGACAGUAUGGAGCAGAAUGCAGGUCUUUUGGAAGACCAGCUGUUGGUGAAGGUGGUGAAAGAUAAGCUGAUGUCUAACCCAUGCAGAAACCAGGGUUUUGUUCUGGAUGGCUUUCCCAAGACAUAUGAUCAAGCUAAAGAGCUCUUCUAUGCUGUAGAGCAGGAAUCAGAAGAUGAAACGUCCCCGAUUUCUUCACACAGCAAGAACAUGCCAGAGUUUGUGUUGUACCUGGAUGCGUCUGAUGCUUUCCUGAAGGAUCGGGUGAUGAACCUGCCUGAGGGGCUGGUACAGGGACACAACUACGAUCAGGACCACUUCCUGCGACGACUGGCUAGAUACAGAGAGAACAACGUGGAAGAUGAAACUGUUGUCAACUACUUUAAUGAGCUGGAAAUCACCCCUCUGUACCUGGAGAUCACCAGUAGCAAUGAACCUGACUGCCUGCUGCUGAAGCAGAAGAUCUUUGACACGGUGGGCCAGCCCAGGAACUACGGCCCCAGCAAGCAGGAGCUAGAGAGAGAGGAGAGGAGGAAGGCUGAGGAGAGGAUGAGGAGAGAGGUCCAGGAUAAAGCUGAGGAGGAAAGGAGGGAGGCAGAGGAGGCCAGACACAGGGCUGCAAACUGGGACGAGUGGACUAAAGGUUUAAAGGCGGUGAGGCAGCAGGAGGAGGAGCUGCUGGAGGCCCAGUCAGUCCCUAUGAGGAACUACCUAACUGAGCACGUCAUGCCCAUUCUGACCCAGGGCCUGAUCGAAUGCUGCACCUCCCGACCACAGGACCCUGUGGAUUUCCUGGCGGAGUACUUGUUGAAGAACAACCCCUUUAACUACUGAAACACCUAGUAUCAUCAGUGGAAAGGGAGUCCGAUUCCUCUCAUCUUGCCGGAGUCUUGCGCUCUGUCAGCUCGGAAAACAGUCUGCCCAGCAAGUACUUGAUCCGGGAUGUUGAUGGAGCCAGAAGAAGCCUUAAGUCGAAGCUAGGCCAGCAUGGCUGCUAUAUUUCUGUCAUUGGUCACACAUGUUUCAACAAUAAAGCUUAAAAAAAAACAUGAA